AUGUCCAUCCCCUCCAUCCUCAUCGACCUCAUCUGGGGCAACGACGACGAAACCCAAGUCUUCGCCCACGCCCACGACACAGCAAACAACUCCCCUUCCCUCCUCACCUUCCGCCUCACCCAAGACACUACUACCCAGCAGCCACAGAGCCUUGCAAACCGCAUCGUGUCUCGCUUCCACGACCUCCCCGUCUCCUCCAGCAGCGCAACGUUUCCCGACCGCGCGUCCAUGCGCAAAGCACUUGGAGCUGCUAUCCAACGAGCAUGGCCUAGUUGUGCUCACGCUGCUGCGGCACCGGAUGCUGUUGUUGACCUGUUUGAUGACGACGACGACGACGAGCGUGAUGAGCAAGGAGGAGCCGAAGGUGUGAAUAUCCAAUGGCUUGUACGAUAUGAGAGCACGCUGUAUCAGGAGUUUCUCGACGCGCUGCUCCCCGUCGACGACUUCUUCUUCCGAGACAACAUGCACUCUUCGUCCAGAGAAGCCAUCAAGCUCAUCGACAUCAAAGACAUUGUCCUCAUCCACCCUCUCCCGGGAAGAGGAACCUCAGCUCUAGUCCACAUCCCAUCCAACCCAAACGCCCUCUACGCCAUGAAAUCCAUCGCCUUCACAGACCUCCUCAACUCCCGCGAAGAAUUCACCUACAACCGCGACUCCUUCUACCACUCCAUCAAACUCAUCUCCCACACCAUCCCUCCCCAUCCAAACAUCCAGCCCCCUCCCCGCAUCCUCAUCACGUCGACAACCCACCAUAACAAAGUGCUCCUCUUACGGGGGACCCUCUACCCAUACAUGAACCAAGGCACCCUCGACACCCAAAUCACAACCGCCCAAGAAGCCCACAACCAGCCACGCAUCAGUCUGCAAAGCAAAGCCCGCUGGUGUCUCCAAAUGUGCCAAGCACUCCUCCACACGCACCGCACAGCAAAGACGUUCCACAUGGACAUCAAGCCCGCAAACUUCCUCGUCAACGACCACGGAAACCUCGUCCUCAUCGACUGGGAACAAAGCGGCGCGCCGUGGUAUACCCUCGCUCCCGAAGCAAACGGCGAAUGGGACGUGGCUCGAGUGAGCGAUGAUGAUGAUGAUGAUGAUGGCAACGACGACGACGACGCAUCGCAGCUGGUAUACUCAAGGUAUCAAGGCCCGGAGCGAGUUAACCUCCCGAGGGGCAGACCGGCUUGGAACGUCUUUCCUGAAUGGAGCGAGAAAUGGCCAAUGGCUGCAGAGGCUGCAGAGGUGUUUAGCUUGGGGCGGACAAUGUGGAUGCUGUUGCAGCAGGUUCCGCAGGAGGAUAUUGAGCUUCUCAGCCCCGAUGAGCUUCAUGUCUGCUGGAGUGAAGUUGCAGCUGAUAUUCCCGAUGCUUGGAAAGCCGUCGUCAUGCAGUGUAUGGAGAAAGACCCUCUGGCUCGAAUCAAACUCACCGAUCUC